UUCUAGGCGUAAAUUAUUUUCAAAACAUCAUUUUUAAGCAGCAUUGAAGGAUCAUAGCAAUACUUGGCCAGAGUCCUGUUGUGUUAUCCCAAGUAAUGGAUAGAAUGCACUUAAAUGUUGAUUCCGCGAAGUGAACGUGUUCAGUGUGUGUGUUGUGUGUCAUCGUGUCGGUCGGGAUCAUCGGUGUGCCAUUUAGUUUCUCAGAUAAAAACAAGGAAUGCAAAGACGUACUCGCCAGUUUAAUCUGAACUAGUGGAGAGUGAUGAUGAAGAUAUUUUUGCAAUGGAAAAUCUUUCUGUGAAUUUCGGAGGAACGAAGUGGAGUGAUCUGCGGAGAUUGCUUUUGUGUUUUAAAUUAAUGCUAAUUUGGAUUUUGUUGAGUUUGCCGUGUAUAUUCGCGCAUUGUCAAGGCGUAGAAAAUCUGUCAGUGGCAGUUUACCCCAUGGGUAACCUGAAAGUGCACUAUGGAGAUUCCUUUGAACUAUUUUGUGUGGCUGAAAAGUUCACGUCCGCCGAUAUUGAGUUUACAAUGGGGGGUAAGACCAUUCCUUCCGAAGUAGUAAACAGCACAACAAUACGGCUUUACAUGGAAAAACCCGAGAAACAAGUGAACACUUUUUAUUGUCGUAAUAAAAAAACAAACAAGAUAUGCACAAGCAGAGUGGUAGUGGACUCUACACCGAUGGCAGUCACUGAUUUUUCUUGUAAAUCAAAAAAUCUCGAGAUUUUAAACUGUACUUGGAUUGCUCCUGGACCUUUAAGUACGACCCAGAAUUAUAUUACAUUUUUGAUCGAUGGAAAUGCUGUAGAACCCAGUACUCCGAUCAGAGCGGAUCAAACAAGAUAUUGGAACAGUUGGAAUACUUACAGCAUACCAAGAUAUAGACAAAUGGAAAACAAGUAUUAUUUUUAUUUGAGCUCGUGCAGUCCAUUUGGUUGCAAUAAUCAAAGUUUUACAGUUGAUCAUUUCUCUAUUGUGAAGCCUGAUGCUCCAAGUAAUCUGAAGGUAAUAAGGAAUUACACUAAUGGGGUCUAUCUACAAUGGAAUAUACCUAAUAACAUGGUAGAUUUAUUGCCCUGUGGCGUUGAUCAUCGCAUUGAAUAUCAAAUUGAUAAAAUUGACAAUAAAUCUUAUUUCCGAAGUGUGGAUGCAUCAAGUUUACCACCGAAAAAUAGAACAUAUAAAUUUUUACUAACAGAUCUUCCUUAUGCUCACAUGAAAUAUGAAAUCAGGAUCUAUAUCAAAUCUAAAGCUGCAGUGAAAGAAGAGUUUUGGUCAGACUUCACAUAUACCAUGGUAUAUACACUUAGCGAGAGACCUAGAAGACCACCAGACACCGCAGUUGGAGCCUUUGAUCAAUCUUUAUAUCAAACAAAUAGAAUGAUAUACAUUUAUUGGAAACAACUUGAAGAAUAUGAAGAGGCAGGUACAAAUUUCACUUACAAAGUUGUAGUUCAUCAUAAAAGCAAUUAUGAAACUUUGACAGCUGACAACAACAAAAGUUUGAGUUUUGUGGUCUUGGAAAAAGCACCAUUUGAUGCAAUGGAUGUCUACAUUUGGUCUAGAAAUGAUAAUGGAUCUUCCAUUAACAGCAGCCAUCUGUACAUUCCACCCAAAGAAGAUACUGAAGCAUUAAAAGUUUCUUCAUUUACCAAACUAGCUUAUGAAAAUGGUGCAUAUAAAUUGUCCUGGGUUGGUAUAGAACAUAUUGACAAUUAUACACUUUUCUGGUGUCAACAUAAUAGUACAAAAAUUUGUGCAGGCCGAAUGAACUUCAUUGUUUUAAGUGCCAAUAAAACAAUGCAAGUCAUAGAACUACCUAGAGAAAACAGGUAUCAGUUUGCCAUAUCGGCUAAUAAUGGGACGAAAACUAGUGGCAUGGUAUGGGCUAUCUGUGAUAUAUCUAAAGAUGCAAUUCCAAUGUAUGGUUUUCCGGUCAAAAUGGACCAUGGUAUUCCAGGGAAAACUUUUGUAAAGAUUAAAUGGGCAAUGACUUGUACACUUCAAGAAGGAAUCAUUACAGGAUAUUUGAUCGCAUAUUGUCCUGCUCUAGAUACCACUAAUGUUUGUGCAACAAAAAAUAAAACUAACUUAUACAUAUCUAAUCCUAAGCAAAUGGAGAUCAACAUUACAAAUCUUGAACCAUACACUACAUAUAUAUUUACACUGGCAUUGAACACCACUUAUGGAUUUAAAACAGUAGAAAAUGCUUUCACGAGUAUGACUACAACUGAAGAUACUCCAACUAGUCCAGUUAAUAUUAAUAUAACCGAUGUGCUUAGUGAUUCAUUGACGAUUUCAUGGGACCCACCUAUUCAUAAAAACGGAGUUAUUGGAAAAUAUGUCAUAAAUAACUAUGGUCAAGAAGUUUAUGUAGAAAAAGUUUCAGAUAAAGAUGAAGAUUCAAAAAGAAGGCAUAUUCGUUUGACUGGCUUACAGGGGUUUACUAAUUAUUCAUUGAGUGUACAAGCAUGUAGUACAGCUAUAAGCAGUUGUUCGGUUUUGAAUCCACAUGAUGCCCUUUUUGUCAGGACGAGAAUAGGUCCUCCUAGUAAAAUGAGGGCUCCAACUGUUAAAAAUAAUCCAGAUUUUAUUAAGUGGGUUCCACCAAUAAUACCAGGGGGGACGAUUGACCUUUACCAAAUUAAAAGGAUUAAAGAUGAGAGUGAAGCUGAAAUAAUAAAUACUACAAACCUUUCAUUUUCAUUGAUACAUUGUGAAGGUGGAGUUGCCGGACAAACUUACCAAGUUAGAGCUGUUAAUUUUGAUGAAGAUCCUUACCACGGUGCUUUAACUGACAAUAAGGAUGUAUACCUACAUAAUGCUAACUAUAAAGGUAUACUAGAAUAUCCUGGAGAAUGGAGUGAGCCAAGUUUUGUAAAUUGUACAAGCAAAGAACAUGUGACACUAACUCUUAUUUUAAUGGGAAUAUUUAUGAUAAUUGGUAUUAUGUAUGGUUUUAUUAAAUGUUACAAGAAAUACCGAAAAAUGGAAGAUAUUAAACCAGUUUUACCAAGUGGACUAGGAGUCCCCGAAAAGGAUAUUUCGAAAUAUGCUAUUGGUGGUUGGAAUCCUACAAACAAGGAUGAGAAACCAUCUUCAGACGAAAUGUUGCUAUUACCAAAUAGUAGAACCACUGUAUCUUCAGAAUUGAAACAGAAAGAAAACAAUAACAGUGCUUCUAGUGAUCACACUGAUAGUACAGCUUUAUCAGAUACAUCACAUGGGCCUGUAGAAAGACAAAUCUCCUCAUCUGAUGAUGGAUCUAAUUCAUCACUACAUCUUGAAGUAGAACCUACGAGAACAGCUGACAGUAACAUCGAUGGCGAAUCAUGCAAUUCCGAAACUGAAACAUCACAAAUACCGUCACCAUUCUUUAAUGAUAAUACUUUCAAGAAAAAUCCAAGUGGCUAUGUGCAACAAUCUGUAGUGAGUCCUAAUACAGGAUAUGUUCAAAGUGUUCAAGCAGGCGUUACAAACCCACCACAACCCUCAUCACUCAGUGCCAGCUCUAGUUAUGUAAUGGCAGCUCUGUCUCCACCUAUAUUUACGACACGUGUUGCUCAACCUUGCGUAACGAGUUCACAAUCAGCAGGAGGCUAUGUGCACCCUGAAGGUGCUCAAACUAUAUCAGCAAUGAAUUUCCCGAAAUUGGGGCAGACAACGAACAAACUGUUUGGUCCUGAAAGCUUGCCAACAAUGCAAACCUUGCCACCAGCGAAACACACUGCAGACAGCAGCUACAUUCAACUGCAAUCUCUAGAUUCCUUGCCCAGACACAAACAUCCUGCCCGAAGUACAGUGCCAUUAAAGACGCCAGCGUCUACCGGCUACGUCCGCCAAGGUGACGCUGUUAUUAAUAAGCACCUGAAUAAUAUGCUAUCAGGUGUUCAUUGUGGCGAAGAAUCGGCUAUUUUGGAUCCUGCAAUGUCGCCUGACGCGUACUGCAGAUUUUCAUGGAGUACCGAUCCAGCCAAUGACAACAUUCAUUCGUUACUCGCCGAUUCGCCUAGAUUAAAUUCAUCGAAAAACGGAGUCAAUCAUUAGUGAUAUAUAUAUAUUUAAU